AUUUAAUUUAAUUUAAUUAAUGGUUAUUCUUUUUUUUUUUUUAAAUUUCCCUCCUACCUAUAACCGGUGUCGCCGGGAAAGAAGCGAAUCACCGACGCCUCCUAACUCCGAAUCCUCUGCCUUCUCCUUCGAGAUCAAACGCUCCGACGCCAGCUUCAGAACCCUGAAUCGGAACUCCUCUGCCUUCUCCCAAACGCUCCGACGCCAGUCGUACCUUGAAUCGGGACGCCUCUGCCUUAGAUCACUCGCUCAGAGGCCAAUCGCUCCGCAUUCCUGCCAAGAACGCGGCCGCAGAUGGCGAAGAAUUUAGAUUGCACGAAGGCGAAACAAAAAAUUUCUCUAGUGAAACUCCCUCCCGAAGUCUUGAGGGCCUCGCAGAGGGUCUUAGAGUCGUCCACGUCCGCCACUAGUUCUUCCGCCACCAGCGAUCCCACGAUCGGAAAGAUUGUUGAAGAAGUUGACCUUCUGAAUAACGAUCCUUCUUCCUCCAAGCAGUACUUUUUCGAAAUGGCUGAUGGAUCACGUCACAAAUUGAACAUAACUCAACAGUGUGCUCCUCUAAAUGUAUUUUCUGAAACUAAACAAGGAAAAUUAGAAGUGGAGGGGAAGAUAGUUAGAGUAGUUAACAUGGAACCUUCCAUUGGUGAUUUCAAGGCUUAUAGUCAAUCUGUUGGUGAAAGGACCAGGAUUGCUGCUGCUAAAACCAAGAGAAUCAAGGUUAUCGACAUUGGAAAUGACGCGGCUUCAAAGGCUUGGGAAGCAGCAGCUCAAGCUGUUCAAAAUGUGGAGACAAUCAAGAAACAGCUUGCUGGCCAUUUGAGAAAGCUGUUUAAAAAUUUCAAAGAACUGAAAAGGUGCAUGGAUGUCCUGAGAAAUAAUUCUUCUGAUGUGCCAGUAAAAUCAAUGAAAAACCAAACAAUCAAGGAACAAAUUAUAGAGGACGUGAACCAAUUGUUUCUAAAAUUGGAAGAACUUGAAGAGCGGUACUUCCAAGCCCUCCAGCUUAGCAAAGUUUCUGACAAAAAAUCAGAUGCAAAUGCUGCAAGCGGCAGCCAACCAGCAUCAACCGACUUGAAAGAAAAAGGAAAGUCAAAGGAAGUAAGGAAAAAGGGCAAAAAGAACCUCCCUAGGAAAAGUUGAUAUGUGAAUAUUCUGGACACUAUGAUUUCUUGUGGCAAAUUAUACUAUUGUGUUUUCAACUUCUGUCAUUGAUAUGGUUUGGUGGGAUGAUUACUGUUACUGAACAAACAGAAAUGGAGGAAAUAAAAGAUGAUAGAGGACAAAGUACACUAAAGGACCUAUGUUACUGGAUCUUUGUUUCAUGAUGAAAAACAAAAUUCAUGGUCUCUGUUUUCUUCUAUUUCUUUGUACUGUUACUGGACCUAUUGUGUUUUCAGCUUCUGUCAU